AUGAAAUGUCAUGUGCCUGGUCCUAAUGUUAAAGUUUUAGGAAGAACUAUACACGCUUUAGCCAGAUUUGGAGAUGAGUUGUAUUUGGAAUCUCUCGCCGAUUGUAUUCUUCUACGAACUCUUAACGCCUCAGAAUCUGCGUACGCCAUGCUUAAGUUCAAUAGAAAUUUUUUUUCAUAUUUUAAUUAUAACUACUACUCAACUGAAGAUAAUGAAGGAUUAAAAUGCAAAAUAUCUAUGAAAUCUGCUUUAAACUGUUUUAAGUCUCCUGCACAUAUGGACAAACAAGUGGAAAAUUUAGAAAUAAAACUGGAUCCUGAGCAAUGUAAACUGAUUUUCCAAUUCAAAUGUAAACAUGGAAUUGUAAAAACACAUUUUAUAUCCAUCUUAGACAGUAAAGCAAUGGAAGCUGUGUAUACAAAAGAUUUAGUACCUAACAGAAUAACAUCAUCACAGAGGAUUCUGUCAGAGGCUAUUGGCAAUUUUCAAAAUUCAGAUGACCAGGUCACAUUAGAAGCUCUGGCACAAUCAGUAUUACUUCGUAACUAUAUUGAUGCAAAUGUUGACUUAUCUAAAAUUAUACGGACACAAAUUAAUAUUAGAUCAGUAGAGUUUGACAGUUAUAUAAUAGGCUUUGAAACAAUAAUUACAUUUACAAUGAAAGAAUUUAAGGCAUUAUUGGCAUUUGCAGAAGCUCUGAGCUUACCUAUACAAUUACAGUUUGAAUCAACGGGUAAGCCUGUAGUAUUUAUAAUCCACAAUGGUUCAACAAUUGAAGCACAUUUUGUUCUAGCUACUUCUAAACCUGAUAAUGUAACCCAAGGAACCUCAACACAGAAUAGUUCCAGAGUUGAAAAGAGUAAGAGAAAAGAUUCAAAUCUUGAACAGGGAUCUGCAAGUAAAAAACUGCAUUUAGAUAUGGAGGUCUCUAAAUGUCUUGAUGAAGAUUCACACCUUUUUAACUUUGUAGAUAUUCCUUGUGAUAUAGUUGAUAAAAAUAACUGUGAUAAUAUUGUUAAUUCCGAAAAAACAUGUGUAAAUAAUUCUGUGAUGAGUGCUAUGGACUGUGACAAUAUACCAGCUUCUCCCACAUCAAGAACAAUGAUAAAAUCAGUGUUCCAAAGAUGUUUUGAAAGUACUUUUGACCCCAGAAGUAUCCAAAGGGUAGUGUUAGCAGAGAACUCUGAUAGUGAAUAA